GUGCGAAAGUAGUCGUCGGUUUGGUGCGAAAACACCAGUUUUGCCGGCAAGAAGGCUGAUUGGCAGGGUGGGUAUCGCGCGCUAGAAGAGCAGAUCGGCGGAAAACACGACGAGAAGAGCGAUCGCCGCGGUGGGGCGUGGCGCGAAAGUAUUAUUCACCCACAAACCUUGAGAGUUGGACAGACGAUACUUUCUGCUGGCUGUCGCCGGUAAUUUCCAGUUUCCGGAGAUUGGAUCGCUCCAUCUCAUUCGGUGUUACCCACCAGGUGUUUGUUGUUUUGCUUGUGUGAGUUCGUAUUGUUCUUCCUUCCUUCGCUACUAAAUGGAUGAAUCGGCCUGGGAUGGAACUUUGUCCGCGAGCGAGUUCUCAGCAUCUGCUCAAGCUUUUGCUGAGAAAUGGAAGCUCAAUAACCCAGCUUACCCUCCAUGGACAUGGGUCAAAUCCCUCAAAGUUCCCAUCUUUGCUACUAUUAAAGUUGAGGAAGGCUACCUCUCGUUGGAGAACGUUUGCAUCGUGAAGUCGAAUGAUGAUGAAGUUGCGUCUUGUGUGGAAGGCGAAGCAAGCUUAUGUGAUAAAGAGGAUGAGGAAUCAACCGACAGUGCUACACUGGUUCAAACGAGUAGUGGUAAUGAUAAUGCUCAACCCUACUAUUUUGAUUUCCACAUAAUCUACAGUGCAUCAUUCAGGGUUCCAGUGCUAUAUUUCCGGGCAUAUUGCAGCGAUGGAAGAAGCUUGGGGUUGAACGAAAUUGAGUCGGUACUUCCAGCCAACUCUGCCAAGGUCUUGCUGGAAUCAAAGUGGACUUUCAUAACUCAAGAGGAGCAUCCGUACCUGAACAGACCCUGGUGCAAAUUACAUCCUUGCGGGAGCAGUGAUUGGAUGAAAUUGCUAUUCCAGGCUGUCGAGCAAGCAAUGGAGCUAUAUCUCGUCUCAUGGUUUUCAGUUGUCGGUCCUGUAAUUGGCCUCAGCAUCCCGAUUCAGAUGCUUAAGGAGCCAUAGUCCGACAAACAGAUGUAAUUUGGAACAUAAUGUUACCGUUUGUUCAUUCACAAUUAAACUUAGAAGUAUCUUUACUGGUGUAAUGCUACAUAUGAAAAUUGAGUAGAAGAGAGGGCUGCCUAUAAGAGUUCUUCUCCAGUUCCAACUGCUGGAUUGCUUCUUUCGUUCACUCGAAUGAAGUAGACCAGAAACU